UCUCUCUUCUUCUUGCUGUCGUUGUUUCUUGAAUAUAAGUGGAGAAAACUAAAACAAAUAUCUUUUAAUUUUGAGCUCUGCCAUGACAGCCAUUACUACUGCUCUUUCUCUUCCUUUCUCUUUGUGCCGCUCUACUAAGUCUUAUACUAGAAAGUAUGUCAAAGGCAGCUUUGGAGUGUUUGCAGUAUAUGGGGAGGAGGGUGGGAUGCCAGAUAAGAAAAGUUCCUGGUUGACACUCUUUAAUGUGGAAGAUCCAAGGUCUAAAGUUCCACAAAUUAAAGGAAAAUUCUUGGAUGCAAAUCAAGCUUUAGAAGUUGCUAGAUAUGAUCUACAAUACUGUGAUUGGCGAGCUCGGCAAGAUGUACUUACAAUCAUGCUGCUGCAUGAAAAGGUUGUGGAAGUGUUGAACCCUCUAGCACGUGAAUACAAAUCUAUUGGAACCAUGAAAAAGGAACUCGCAGAGUUGCAAGGAGAGCUUUCUCAGGCCCACAACCAGGUACAUAUAUCUGAGGCCCGGGUUUCUGCUGCUUUGGAUAAGCUAGCUUACAUGGAAGAGUUGGUUAAUGAUAGGCUUCUGCAAGAGAGAAGCACAGCAGAAUCAGAUUGCUCGUCCUCCUCUGCCAGUACGUCAACAGCAUUAUUGGAUACUGUUAAAAGCAAGCAACCCCGAAGAACCCUGAGUGUGUCAGGUCCUGUCCAAGAUUACAGUUCCCGUUUGAAGAACUUUUGGUACCCUGUUGCUUUCUCCGCAGAUCUUAAGGAUGACACCAUGUUACCGAUUGAUUGCUUUGAGCAACCAUGGGUGAUCUUUCGCGGGAAUGAUGGAAAACCUGGAUGUGUACAGAAUACAUGUGCACAUAGAGCCUGCCCCCUUGAUCUUGGCUCAGUGAAAGAGGGACGCAUUCAGUGCCCUUAUCACGGGUGGGAAUAUUCGACUGAUGGGAAGUGUGAGAAAAUGCCAUCAACACGAUUACAGAAUGUAAAGAUCAAAGCACUGCCCUGCUUUGAGCAAGAGGGAAUGAUAUGGAUUUGGCCAGGAAAUGAUCCCCCUGCAGCUACCCUUCCUUCUUUACUACCGCCUUCUGGAUUUCAAAUCCAUGCGGAGAUAGUCAUGGAACUUCCAGUGGAACAUGGGCUAUUAUUAGACAAUCUAUUGGAUCUUGCACAUGCUCCUUUCACCCAUACAUCAACCUUUGCUAAAGGAUGGAGUGUCCCAAGCUUGGUGAAGUUUUUGACUCCUGCAUCUGGCCUGCAAGGAUAUUGGGAUCCUUAUCCAAUAGAUAUGGAAUUUAGACCACCUUGUAUGGUUUUAUCAACCAUUGGAAUCUCAAAGCCAGGCAAAUUGGAGGGGCAGAGUACCAAGCAGUGUUCUACACACCUUCACCAACUUCAUGUUUGCUUACCUGCAUCACGACACAAGACACGGUUAUUAUAUAGGAUGUCACUGGAUUUUGCUCCCCUGCUGAAACACAUCCCUUUCAUGCAAUAUGUUUGGAGACAUUUUGCCAAACAGGUUUUAAAUGAAGACCUACGGCUUGUGUUGGGCCAGCAGGAUCGCAUGCUCAAUGGCGCCAAUAUUUGGAACCUGCCAGUGUCUUACGAUAAGCUAGGUGUGAGGUAUAGAAUAUGGAGAGAUGCUGUAGACAGUGGAGCAAAGCAGCUACCAUUCAGCAAAUAAAUUUAGGACUAUUCCAAGUACAGGUUUUUCCUUCUCAAGAUGAUUCUUCGCUCUAGCUUACAUCAUCAGUUCAUGGCAAACUUCAGUUGCUGAGGAACUCUUCCAUAAUUGUAUUUGUGAGGAGACACCAGAGCAUCUGGUUCCUGGUGCAUGGCUAAGAAGAGAUGAUUUCAGCCUAACGUCCUCUUGUAGAAAUAUAGCUGUACACAAAUUUUUGUAGGUUCGUGUACAGUUUGAGCAACCUUUUUCACACCCCUCUCUACCAAUAAUUCUUAUUGUGACCCUUUCUGCGGUUUAGAAAAUUUCUUAGGUUCUUUACCUUGUCAUAGCAUAAAUUCUGAUCUCCUUUCUCAAUUAAGAGUUAUUGUUUUUGCCAAAAUGGAAUCAGAGGUUUUAUGACCUCUGUUAGAUGUUUGAGCUAAGUUGUAUCAGUAUGACAGUAUUGAAAUAUUAUUCUUGUGAUGUUCCAAAGAGUUGGAAUUUCCCAAAACAACAAAAAUAUUCCCACCCUUUUGUUGUUUUUUUAUGGUUCCAAUCAAGAAAGAAAGAAACAAGAAAAUGGCAUUACAAGAACAUUAUGACCAGAAAGCACUAACGGAACAAGACAAGUCAUCUAGCAGUACCUGGACUUUCUUUGUAUAAAAGAUUCAAACUUGCUCAAUAACAAUGGCUGUAGGAGCCAAAGUUACUAAUUUUCA